AUGAAUUUUUUGAGACGGCUUAAUGGAAAAAAAUAUUUCAUAUACACUCCAAAAAGAAAUAACCUAAACUACAAAUUACAUCUUAAGUUUAAGCAAUGGAAUUAUUUAAAAAGUGAAAUUAUAAAUUAUUUUAAUUCCAACAAUAAUGUGAAUACAACAGUUAAUUUAGAAGCUAGGUGCUGGGAAAGGUUUAAGAAAAAGGAAUUAUUACAAGCCCAUGGGUAUAUCCCUGCUAUCAUAUGGAAGUAUGGCGAAGAAAAAAGAAUUUGUAUAAACCAUAAAGAAAUUGAUGAAUAUGCAUUUGAGGAAGAAGAUGGACACUUAUCCUUGUUAUUUUCGGCGAGAUUAUUUAAAAUCCAUAUCGGCGACGAAGUUGUAGAAUGUGUUGUGUCGCAUGUAGAGGCAGAUCCAGUUGAGAAGCACAUAUAUUUCUUGAAAUUCGCAAGGGUUGUAGAGAAUGAGAUAACACAAGUAAAUAUUCCAUGUAGUAUAGUAGGGCUAAUUGGGUCUCCAGCAUAUAUAAAUGGAUAUCAUGUUCAAUUAGCUUUAAAUUAUAUAAAGUGUAAUGUUUUAGGGAAUAAUAUCCCUCCUCCUUUUCAAAUAGACGUUUCAAAGUUAUCAUAUAAAGAGCCAUAUAAUUCCAUCAAAUUAAGAGAAUUGAUGCAUUUGCUUCCAGAAAAUGGUAAUGUAAUAUUCUCUGAGGAAUAUGACUUAGAUCAAACUGAAGUAGUUUGGACAUACGAGCCUGGAAAGAUUCCUGAAACUCCAUUACCUGAUGAUUAUAUUGAUCCCAAUUUUUUGAACAAAAGAGGAAAGCGAAUCCAGCUAACAUACAAAGAUUAUUGGCCAAAGCAAUAA